GGCUGAGCAUGUAGAGGGCAUGUAUACACGUUGAUCACAGCAGCGUCAAGGUGGACUGCUGAUUGGCUCAGUGUAGAGCGGGCGUCAGCAUUCCAGUUGGAAAUAGAAACAUCUACUGCCAUGACAUAUGUUUUGGCCUGUUGGCCUUGCCAGAAAUAAAGGUGCUGUCAAGUUUUCCGUUUUUGCGAUAAAUCUCCCGAGCAGCGCCGUCGCAUGCAAUUUUGCUCAACCGCUAUCGAUGAUUCCAGCUGCUUCAAGCUAGAUGCUCGCCACAAAUAAUGCCAAAAGGAAGCCACCGUCGGCGUUCGGGCCGCCAGUACCGUAUCUGGGGCCCUUGGAAAUAUGAGAUAGCCUCAGUACUUCUCUCCGUGGGACUCAACAUCGCCAUUGCUGUGUUGUUGGCUCAGUUCGAUACUCAGACCGUGCCCGACUGGGGUCAAUACUUGAACCUCAACGCGCUGCUUGCUCUCCUGUCUACUUUCCUACGAGCAACUUUGGUGAUCAUCAUCUCGCAGGUUGUAUCGCAGAGGAAGUGGAUGUGGUUCUCCGAUCAAAAGCGUCCAUUAGCCGAUCUCGAGAUAUUCGAUGCUGGUAGCCGUGGCACUCUGGGAGCAAUGAGUCUUAUCUUCAAAGUUCUUUGGAGAGACCCCGUUACUGUUAUCGCUGGAAGUACUGUUGCAGUCUCUUUCCUGGUCGGACCUUUCGUACAGCAGGCCAGUCGCACGCAGGACUGUUUAUUCCCAGCUCUGGAGUUGAACGCUUCCAUACCGUACGCUCAUAACGUUCCUAGACGCAAGGGCUUCUUUGAAUGUGACUUUAGCUCUGGCGAAUGUUACGGCGGUGCAUUGGAUACGUUUGUGUCGCCUGACCUCUAUGCAGCCAUCAUAUCUGCUGUGUCGUUACCUUAUGGAAUGGAGAAUCAGAUACACGCCGACUGCGCUACAGGCAACUGUACCUUCACACAUAACAACGUUUCUUUCAUUUCGACACAGAUGAGACAGCAGGAUCUCAACGAAGACAGCACGCACUCUACCGUGGGAGUGUGUAACAAGUGCACAGACGUCACAUCUCUCUUGCAGAUGCGCAAUAUCACGGACUUCACGGUUGAGCAUGUCGAGUAUUCUCUCCCUACCAGCCCGUGGAGGCUUAAUGUAACACCACAGUAUGAGGUCGACAGAUUCAGAAGUUGGGGUGCACCUGUCACCAUCAAUUCGUCACGAACCCUUGACUGGAUGGGUGACUUACUGAACACUGAAGCGAAAGCUGCCGCGAGAUCGGCCUACGUCAACGUCACAGUUCUUGCAACCGACAUCCAAGAUCGUCCUGCAACUGCUUUAGUCUGCAGUCUAUAUCCAUGUGUACGCACCUACGCCACUUCCGUCACCAAGAGCACCUUUUCCGAGAAAUUGGUAGAAAUGGAAGUGAUGCAAUUGGAUGUGACGCCAUCUCUCACGCGCUCCUCCGACUCGAGUCUAGAUCUAUGGAACUGGGCGCAAGAAGCUUCUACUCUCGAUCGCAUGCCGGGGACACCAGACUUCGUAGUCGUAAAAUCUCCAUGUCAAUAUCAAGGACACACAUUCAGCAUCUCCGAUGAGCAGUAA